AUGGUGGACUACUGGUUGACCGAGCCGCACCUUUUCCUCCUUUUACUCUUUUUCUUGCCCCUUUCCCCACCAUCCCACUCUCACCCCCUGCCAGGCUGGCAGCUGGCAGUGCGGGAGUUCGGGCCACUGGUGGACUACUGGGUGACGUUCAACGAGCCGCACCUGUUUGUCAUCCUCACCUACUGCAUGGGCGUGUGGCCGCCCGGCAAGGCGCCCUCGCUGCUGCAGUCGGCGCUCUGCAUGUCGCCCGUGGGGCAGUACAGCCAGGCCAUGCAACACAUCGGGGAGGCUCACAUCUCUGCCUUCAAGAUCAUCAAGAAAGGGAGCACAGCACCAGUGGGCGUGGCGGCCAACACGGCGUUCAUGACGCCAUACAGCGCGCUGGACGUGGUGGUGCCGCUCUACAUCGACUGGAUGACACUCUUCCCCUGGGUCGACCACAUCCAGCAUCACCUCGACUUCUGCGGCCUCAACUACUACGGUCAGGAGUUCAUGUCGACAGCAGGCCUGCAGAGUGUGGAGGAGGAAGAAUUCUCCGAAGCCGGCAGGGCAGUCUACCCCGAUGGCUUCUACCGCAUCCUCAUGGCCUUCCACCGCCGCUACUCGCCCAGCCACCCCGCGCUGCGCUUCAUCGUCACUGAGAACGGCUUUGCCGACACUGAGGACAACAUUCGCCGCCCGUAUCUGAUUGAGCACCUGCUGGCACUGAACGCGGCUAUCAAGGAGGGCAUGCCCAUAGACGGGUACUUCCACUGGACCAUCAGCGACAACUGGGAGUGGGCGGACGGCUAUUGCCCCAAGUUCGGCCUGGCAGGCGUUGACAGGACCUCCGCCAACCUCACCCGCGUGCUACGCCCCUCCUACGGGCUCUUCAAGGAGGUGAGGGGGGAUUUUGCACGCCUGAAGAUUGUGGAGUCACGGCAAGUGACGGCGCAGCAGCGGGAGGAGGAGUGGGGGCAGCUGCAGCAGCGAGCGGAGCGGGGCGAGCAGCGCUCCUAUUGCCGUGCUGUUGAACCCAGCGGCCGCAUGGGCGCCGACUCCCUCGACUCCCCCUCAACACGAGUGAUAGCCACCAAGGACUGGCGCUAUGGCGAGUACAGGCGCCCCAAGGCCGCCGUGAUGGUGAAGCGUACGGUAAGGAUUUUCCGCAUCUGGCUGGAGGACCUGCUGCUUGCCGCCCAGCAGGCUGCAGAUGCUGCCAACUCCCUCCUGUGCCGCCUCAUGCAUGGCCCUCACCACCAGCACGAGCACCAGCACCAGCACCAGCAGCAACAGCAACAGCAGCAGGUUGUGGAGCAGCAGCAGGUAUGGGAGGAGGUGGAAGCAGACACUGAGAUACCGCCAGUAGCUGUUGCAGCUGCUGCCGCUGGUGCUGCUUCAGCAGACAAGGAUGAGCUGUAA